AUGGAUUUCGCCGGCGGCGGCGGAGCGUCGCUGUCGGAGAUGUACCAGAGCGCGCGGCGGCUGCUGCUGUCGGCCCGCGACGGCGUGGCCCGGGUCGAGCGCCUCGCCUCGGCGCCCACCUCCUCCUCCUACUCCUCCUCGGCGCCGCUCGUCGGGGGCGGCGGCGCGGGGGACCCGGCGGCGGCCGAGGAGGUGCGGCGGGUGGUGGCGCAGAUCCAGGGCCUCUGCGCGCAGAUGGACCGCCUCUGGCGCUCCAUCCCCGCCAAGGGCCAGCGGGACCUCUGGAAGAGAAAAGUGGAACAGCUGUCUGAAGAGGUUGAUUCAUUGAAGGAAACCCUUGACAAGCACUCUUUUCGGCAAAGGAAGCGGAUUUUGGAAGCUAAGGAAAGGGCAGAACUAUUUGAGAGAGCUAAUGGUGAGUCCUCGCAUGUCCUUCAAAUAUUUGAUGACGAGGCCCAGGCAAGGCAAUCGGCUCGUACUUCCGCUCGUGCGCUUGAUGAAGCUUAUGAAACAGGAGUGGCUAUCCUUCAAAAGUACUCUGACCAGAGGGAUCGUCUGAAGAGUGCGCAAAGGAAGGCUUUAGAUGUCCUGAAUACUGUUGGCCUAUCAAACUCGGUUCUGAAGCUUAUUGAAAGGCGGCACCGAGUCGACAAGAAGAUUGCAUAUGGUGGCAUGAUUCUCACUGUCGUGUUGAUGGUUGCAUUUUGGCGGUUGACGCAUUAGUGCUGUGCCGUGUAAGUCAUACUGUUCUAUCUGAGAGAUGGGUGAUAGCUUUGAGGAGCGGAGGGGUUCUGGUUGAGUUUAAGUUUGCUAGCUUUGGUCCUUUUUGUGUACGCACAGCUCUGCUAGCUGACUGAUCAUACAGGAGGUUCAUUCAUGUGUGUAUAGAGAUUAUGAAACAAAUCUUACAACUAGGGAAUUUCAAGUUACAGCAAUGCGCUAAGCCUUUGUUAGUCAGAUAUAUUCUCUUCUAUGCAUAGUACAGUCGCCUGUUACCAGUACAUUUCAGCUGUAAAUUCGUUCUUGUGGACAUGCACGUCAUGUAUGCAAAGAGUAUGUUAAUACUGCUCA